AUGGAGGGCCCUUCCGUCGUCCCGGAUAGUCUGGACUUCCAUGCUGAAUGCAGAGCUGUCGAUUUCAUACCUACCUUCAGAACGAGCAGAGAUAUCUACAACCAUGAGCCCUGCCAGGGGAAAAACAUUACCGACAACCAUGGCCGCUUAACCGAAGGCAAUGACUGCUUUGGACAACAUGAUGGAGGCAACAGUGAUGGAGACGAUAACGAACAUAGCGAUCAGAGCAACAUUAAUGGAGAAGAUGACAGCGACGAAGAAGACGACAGCGACGAAGAAGACGACAGCGACGAAGAAGACGACAGCGACGAAGAAGACGACAGCGACAGCGACUACGACGGAAGCGAUGAAACUGACAACGGCAACGAUGAUUCUUCGGACUACGACAGCGAAGAUGACUACCCUUCCGAAAACGACUCCAAACAUACCUCUCCGUACCGCGAAUGGAUCGACUACGAAUCUUCCUUGAUUUCCCACUUCCACCUGGCAGCACCUCAGAACAAGAUGGAGCUUGCCAUUCACAAAAGAAAGAUAUGGUGUCAACAAUUCGCCAUUUUUUGGACAUUGAAUGCAGUGAUGUGGUGUGUAGCAAAACCGGUUUCAGAUUGGGAGCUACCUGGUACAUGGAAGGGGUACUGGAUGGUGCAUCUCUUCAUUGGCCCUCCUGUAUGCGUUAUUGCUAUGAAUGUGUCUUACAAAAUGGCGGGGCUCUUUGAUCGUUGGCUUAGAAGGUCGGGACUUCUGGGAUGA